UAGUUUAUAACCAACCUUUGUGGAGAGAAGAGAAGGAGUGAAAGCAAAGAGAAACCCCACGUUUUUCUGUCUCAGUUUCUCUCUCCUCCUCUUCUUAAACCCCCCUUCCUUCUCUUUGCUCUGUUUUUAAGUUUUUUUUUUUUUUUUUUUUUUGCAAUAUAUAAAUAAUCUCAAGGCGUAGCCGUCGAGGCUCCUCCUUCUCCUUCCUCUUCUUCGUUCAGCAGAUCUCACUCUUUCUCUCUCCUGUUUUUUCGCUGCUCAUCGAUCUCAAUUUAGAUCGGAUUAAGUUUUCGAGAAUUCGCGCUCACUUCGGAUUCUCUCUCGAUCGAUUUUCAGAUCCGAGCAACUUCGCAAUGGCGGCAGCAGCAGAUAGAUGGCUAAAAGGGAUAGUGAAGGCUGUUCCCUCAGGGGACACCUUGGUGAUCAUGGGUAUUGUCAAGGGAGACGCCAUCCCACCGGAAAAGGCUGUCAUUUUAAAACAUAUCAUGGCUCCUAGGCUGGCUCGUAGAGAUGGAGACGAUGAGCCUUUUGCAUGGGACAGUAGAGAGUAUUUAAGGAAACUCUGCAUUGGCAAGGAGAUAGUUUUCCGAGCUGAUUCAAAUACAUCAGGGAAACAGAAUGCACCACCAGGGAGAGAAUUUGCUUCUGUGUUGCUUGCUGAUGGCAGUGAUGUGGCGAAGUUGGCCGUUCAAAAUGGCUGGGCGAAGGUCAAAACACCAUCAGCACAGGCAAAGAGUGAAGCAACCUCGGAUUUGACCGAGUUGCUGGAACUUGAGGAAAAAGCAAAGCAGCAAGGUUUAGGCAGGUGGAGCGAGGUGCCAGGAGCUUCAGAGGCUUCCAUCAGAAAUUUGCCUCCUUCUGCUAUGGAUCCAUCCAAUAAUUUUGAUGCAGUGGCUUUUGCAUCUGAAAAUAAAGGAAGAUCAUUGCAAGCUAUUGUGGAGCAGGUUCGUGAUGGUAGCACAGUGCGAGUCUACUUGCUCCCUGAGUUUCAGUAUGUUCAGGUUUUUGUUGCUGGAAUCCAGAGUCCAUCAAUGGGAAGGAUGCCCCCUCCAGAGAGAACUGUUGAAGCUGAAGUGAGUACAGAUGGAUCCAAUGGAAAAACUGCAUCUGAACCUCGUGCCUUCGUGACGGCAGCCCAGAAAGUUGCUUCCGCUGCUGCACCAGGUGUGGCGGUACCCCCAGACCCCUUCGGAAGGGAAGGAAAGCACUUCACGGAGACACGUACAUUGCACAGAAAUGUACGCAUUGUCCUUGAACAACUAGACAGUUUCAAAAACUUGGUUGGUUCAGUUUAUUAUGACGAUGGUGGUGAAGUAAAGAACCUGGCCUUGGAGUUGGUGAAAAAUGGCUUAGCUAAAUAUCUUGAAUGGAGUGCAAAAUCUUUGGAAGCCAAGGAUCAAAAGGAAUUGAAAUCCGCAGAACUUGAGGCAAAAAAGCAGCGACUCAGGAUGUGGACGAACUAUGUACCUCCUGCUACAAAUUCAAAAGCGAUUCAUGACCAGAACUUUACUGGAAAGGUGAUUGAGGUUGUUAGUGGAGACUGUAUUAUCGUUGCUGAUGAUGCUGUGCCAUCUGGUAGUCCAUCAGCAGAGAGAAGAGUCAAUAUCUCUAGCAUAAAAGCUCCCAAACUGGGUAAUCCACGGUGGAACGACAACAAAGGACCUGAGUCACAUUCUCGUGAGGCAAAGGAGUUCCUCCGCCAAAAGCUCAUUGGGCGUCAGGUGAAUGUCUCCAUGGAGUACUCGAGAAAAGUUCCCCUUGGAGGUGCUACUGAAAAUGCAGCUGCCCCAUCUGAUUUUAGGGUCAUGGACUUUGGAUCAGUGUUCCUGCCUGCUCAAUCAAAGGGUAAAGGAGGUGAUGUGACAUCUGUUCCAUCUACAGCUGUUGCUCAGGAAGCUGGACAUAAUAUUGCUGAACUGUUGGUUAGCCGUGGGCUUGCUACUGUAGUAUCACACAGAGACUUUGAAGAAAGAUCAAAUUACUAUGAUGCUCUUUUGGCAGCUGAAGCGAAAGCUAGGGCUAACAAGAAAGGGACCCAUGGUGCUGCAUCUCCCUCGAACCACAUUCAAGACCUCACCACUGCUUCAGGGAAGAAAGCUAAGGACUUCUUGCCAUUUCUACAACGAAGUAGGCGACUCUCAGCCGUUGUUGAAUAUGUUCUCAGCGGCCAUCGGUUCAAGCUCUUGAUUCCUAAGGAAACUUGCAGCAUAGCAUUUUCUUUUUCAGGUGUGAGGUGUCCUGGACGAGGGGAACCUUAUUCGGAGGAUGCAAUUGCAUUCAUGAGGAGAAGAAUAAUGCAGAGAGACGUUGAGAUUGAAAUAGAAACCGUUGAUAGAACUGGAACCUUUUUGGGAUCUCUUUGGGAAUCUAAGACAAACAUGGCUGCGGUACUACUAGAAGCUGGUCUUGCAAAGUUUCAGAAGUCUUUUGGUACAGAUCGGAUAGCAGAUGCUCAUCUUCUUGCUCAAGCUGAAGAGUCUGCCAAAUGCCAAAAAUUGAAGAUAUGGGAAAAUUAUGUUGAAGGACAGGAAGUUACAAAUGGGUCAUCAGUCCCAGAAAGCCGACAAAAAGAAGUUCUAAAGGUUGUCGUUACCGAAGUCCUUGGCGGAGGCAAGUUCUAUGUUCAAACAGUUGAGGACAAGAUGGUUGUGUCUAUUCAGGAGCAGCUUGCUUCCCUGGAAAUUGGGGAAGCUCCUAUAAUUGGAAGCUUUAACCCAAAGAAGGGUGAUCUGGUUCUUGCUCAAUUUAGUGCAGACAAUUCAUGGAACCGAGCUAUGAUUGUGAAUGUUCCCCGUGGUGGCAUCGUUCAAUCCCCAAAAGACGAGUUCGAGGUGUUCUAUAUUGAUUAUGGUAAUCAAGAAGUACUCCCGUACAGCCGUCUACGACCUCUACCUCCUUCUGUUCAUUCUGUACCUGGAUCAGCUCAACUCUGCAGUCUUGCGUUCGUGAAGGUGCCAAGCUUAGAGGAGGAUUACGGCCAAGAAGCUGCUGAGUAUUUGAGCGAGCUAACUCUGAACAGCUCCAGAGAAUUCAGAGCCAUGAUUGAAGAAAAAGAUACAUCUGGUGGUAAAUCGAAAGGUCAAGGAACUGGCACAGUUCUUCUAGUGACCUUGGUUGACGUGGAAGCCAGUUCAAGCAUCAAUGCUUCAAUGUUGAAGGUUGGACUUGCUAGGUUAGAAAAACUUAAAAAGUGGGAUUCAAGGGAGAGGAAGUCCGCCAUAGAUAACCUGGAAGAAUUCCAGGAAGAGGCGAAAAAGGGCAGAAGUGGAAUGUGGCAGUAUGGAGACGUACAGUCUGACGAUGAGGAUUCUGCUCCACCUAUGAGGAAAGCUGCUGGUAAGCGUUGAGCAGUAUUGACCGGCAGUCUGUGUUACCCAUGGUUUAGCGGUAGGGCGGGACUACAAGAUAUAGAGAAGAGGGAAAUGAAAAAUCUUAUAUUAAACUUCUUUUUCGUUUUUUUAGUCAGUUGCCAAUUUUGUUACUUUUUUUUUUUUUCCCUUUCCCUUUCGUUUUAUUUUAUUUUUUCUCUUCCUAUAAAUUUCCAGACAAAAUAGUGAUCUCCCCCUUCUCAUCUCUCUCAAUACUUGAAUAAAGUGUCACAGCUCUCCAUACUGACCGUUUUCUCAAUAUAGUCUUGUUAAAUUUUUGUACCA